CCUUUUUUUUUGCCCUCCUCCCCCGCCUCCCAUCCAUCUGCCAGUUUGCUCGCUGCCCCAUGAACCCAAGGCCGCCUCACAAAAAGAUCACCAAGGCCGACAUCUCGCCGCCGACCCCCAUCGCCGUCAACCCGACUGCCUUCCGCGCCCUUGGCAAGACCCGCGACGACCACCCGCAGGUCCUGCCGCAGUCCGCAUCCGACACCCAGCUGCAUCUGCCGCCCCAGGGCAAGAAGGCGGGCGGCCUGCUGGCCGGCAAGGUCCACGUCUCGGCAUCGGUCGUCGGCGGCCCCAACGACCCCAACCUGAUCCCGCAGCCCCCACAGACCCUGCAGAUGCGCAACUACGAAAGCUUUGUGCAGGCUUGCUCCGUCUUUCGGAUCCAGAUCGAGGCCAUGAGCAAGGCCACCGAGACCUUUGUCCGUGCCCUCGAGGAGAUUGCGUCGUUUGUCCAGCCAGGAACUGUCACGGAUGAGUUCCUCCUUGGCGAUCUCGAAUUCCUUAUCGACAGCACCACCCUCAUUGCCAACUCGCAUCAGAUCUGGGCCAACACAAUCCAACAGGAAGUCGAGAUUCCUCUGCAAGCCGAUAUCGAGAAACGCAAAGAGUCUGCCAAAAAAAUACAAGACGAAAACAAAACCAAGCUCAAGGAUCUCAUGGAGUCACUCAACCGAGAAACAGACUCGUCGUACAAGCAAGGAAAGAAGAAGCAGCGUGACCUGACAAGCCUACAGAAUUCCAUGAAUGUUCGCAUGGGUCUCGCCGAGGACAUCAAGCAGCUCACAAUCCAGAACCAGACCGUCCACGAUAAGCUUGCACACGAGGGCAUGUCCGUCGUGCUUGCCAAGUGCUCAAACGCCGUGAAAGCCGAGCUGGAAGUGUACGACACCAUCAACGAGGGACUGCGAAAGCUCGGCGCUUACUCGGAAGGAGAGGCGCCGCUACCCGUUGGUGGUCGUAUUCGGCGGCUGUCUCAGUACUCGAUACGACAUCAAAGUCCAAUGGGUGUCUCCAAGGGUCCUCUCGCAAUAGGAGCACAUCCAAAUCACGGCACAGGAAACAUCAAAGGGAAGGUCUUGGCAGGUGUACCCGAGGAACCGAAUUGGCUCGAGCAAGGCGACUUUGACAUCGAGUACAUCAAGCAAGCGCUACAACGACUCAACUGAGGAUUCGGUCGGUCUCGCCAGCGAACCUGUGACC